AUGUUGCACACAGGAUCUUCUGUUAGUCCAUCUCGCACACUUCCCCUCACGGGAAUGCAGCACAUCACAUCACCCUCUGUACCCUCAGUAGCUUUGGGUGAUAAACACCUGCCUGAAUUACCGUAUAAUCCAGUGAUACGCUCUGAAAGUCGUCAAGGUUUUUCUUUAACGUUGCGUGAUAUUGGUCCAUCUGCACGUCUUCUGUUGAAAUCCCAUGAUAAACAUGCGUUAACUUCAGGGGGAAUGCAUAAAACUCGAAGUGCUCAUCUGAAGAGUGGAACUAUAGCUGGGCAGUCGGUGGGGCCGAGAGCAGCAGCUACGAGUCCAGUAAAGAAUUCCACUAACGUAUCACCGGAGUCUUGUGCCACGGAUGGAAAAAAAUCUCCUUCUUCUAUUUUACCAAAUUCUCAGUAUGUUGCCGUUUCUAAAGAUGUAUCGGAGAAGGCGAUGAAUUUAACAAAAAAACUAAAUCAAACUUAUGCAGGUAACAGAACUAUGGGAAAUACCACAAUGGCUCGUACAUUUGCAAAAACUAUGCUUCCUCCAUUAGCUACAGCACUUGAACAUUAUGUACAACGGGAAUUAGGUAUAUUAGUAGAUGAAAAUGGUAUUCUUACUGCUCAAGAUCGUUUACCACCUUUUCGUGAAGCAUUUUUUUCUUUUAUUGAUGCUUUUCCAGCUUAUGGUAAAAUAUUAAAUGAUAUUAUGUCUGCAUACGAUGGUGUAAUUCAAGAACAAGCAAAAAUGUUAACAGAAAUGAUGUCAAAACAAGCGGAACGUCAACUUGUUGAGGAACAACACUGUAUUGAAGUAGAUGAAUUAAAUAGAACCAUUGUCAAAUUAACAGAAGAAUUGGAUGAGACUCGUGGUCAAUUGGAAGAAAGAGAAAUUAUACUUCCUACAGAUGAUGAUCCAUCUGCUGCGUCAAGACCUCGAACUCAACGAUCAGGAAGAGUUUUUAUGGAAAUGGAAAAAAUGCUUCGAGAAGCUACACAAAAAAUUACAUUAUUGGAAGAAACUAAUAAAAGCGAUUUGGAGAAACAUCUUAUUCUUAUUGCCGCAUUACGUGAAAGUGAUAAACGAUCAAAAGCUUUGGAAUUACAGUUAGCUGCUGCUAUUGCUAAAACUGAGGAAUUGGAUGAUUUUAAAAUAAUGGCAGGUGAAGCACAAAAACAACUUGAAGAGUUUAAACAAAAGUACCAAAGUUACAUAUCUGUUAAAGAUUAUGAAUUAAUGAGAGAGUAUUUAAUGGGAGAAUUACAAACAUCACAAAAUUUGGUAAAACAAUAUCGUCGAUCUGCUGCUGUAAGAGGUACGCAAGUAGAUGUUAUUGGAAGAAAAAUGAAAACUCUACAAGAUGAAAAAGCUGAACUUCUUGAAGCUGUAGAAGAUGAAAGGCGACAACUUCUUACUCCACGUCCUAAUUGGAAAAAAAUUCAUUCACUUCUUCCUGAUGUUGGUGAAAAUGCAAGUCCAAUUGAAUCUUUACCUAUUGAUGGUGAUGUAGUUAGUACUUCUACUUUACAAGGACCAAUUGAGACAAGAUUACAAGUGGAAUAUUUAGUGGAACGUAUUAAUUCACUUAAUGAGGAAUUAAAACGACGAACUAUGGUUCCAUUACCCGUAAAGAUGCCAGAACUCCCACUUGUAGGAAGAGGAGUUGGUCCACUUGUACCUCGACAUUUAAGAGCCAGUGGUAUUAUUCCUCGUGUACAAUUAGACACAAUGGAAGUUUUACAGAUUGUUCAUGACUUUUUCAACGAUGUUUUACGACCACAUCCUGAUGCAUUAUUGUAUACAUUAGAUGUUCCUUCUCUUUAUCUAGGAUUCCUUAAGGAACGAGUAGAAACAAAAGAAGAAAUGAAACGUUUUGUUUGUGCUGAACACCUCGCUAUUAAUUUAGAUGAUACGGCCAAAGAUAAAGAACGUUGUCGACCUUCAUUGUUGUUAUUAGAUGGUAUUCUCUCAGGAGUUUUUCCUGCUCGUAUUGCGUGUGAUGUAAUAAUUAUUAUAGAAAAUGUUCGAUCUGAAUUAAAAGAACUCUCAGAAGCGCAAAAGAAAACUCGUAUUCGACGAACUGCUGUAAGUGAUUGUGUUUCACCUGUUCUUCAACUAAAAACUGCAGAAGAAGUCGCCCUCAUUAAGGAAGCUCUGGGAGCUGAUACAACACAUGAUGUAGUGGCAUUAACAUCUACUACGGGUAAAUUUAUAUCUACUCUGUUGGAUCAGGAGUGUGCAUCUGGUAUGAAGUUUUAUGCAACCCUUGUAGAGAAACUUACUUCAUAUUCUCAUUAUCUUGAAGAAGAAGGUAGUGAUCUUGUGAUUAAAUUAGAUGAUGUUGGACGGGCAAUUACUGAAGUAGAGCCAUUAACACCUAAACCUGUUCUCAAAGAAAUUACGCAAAAAUCUAGUGAUAAUUCCAUGGGUGAUGAAGAGCAAACAACUCGUCUUAGUGAUGUAAUUCAUGCACUGGCAGCAGCCCCAGUAAUUCGUCGCUCAGCCCAACAGAAAAGUGGACAAGGUAGUAGACUUUGA